AUGGCGAGUUUCAGUUCGGACGGUAGCGUCCGUUGUUGGAUAUGCAUGAGGAACGGCGAGAAUCGGUUUUUCAACGGUCAUGCCGCACGGAAAGUUCACGAGGAGACGGUGCACGCACCACGUUACUCCCAGGACAAUAAUGGAAACGCAGAUGCAAGUUAUCGUUGGUAUACCAAGGAAUAUGCAUCUCAUACCACAAAUAUUAACGGGUAUCAUUCAAGCAGCAGUGCAACGCCUACAAUGUUAGGCAAAGCAUGUUUCAACCAACUUGAAAAUCUCAGAAGGAAACUAUAUUUCCAAGAGGAGAGAACAGCGGAUACUCCAGAAGGCCUUCAUUUGGCUAAAAUUGAUCAAUGGCUUGAAAACGGACCCGAUUUUCGCGAGUACGAAAUCAAGUCACUUAACACGAGAGUCAAACAAGCUCAAGAUGAGAUCAAUGCUAGAAAGGCGGUUAUAAAGAAAUUGCAAGCAGAUCUCGAUCAUGCCCAAAUGACCCUGACUGAGUCUCAGGUCAAAGAAACACAACUGCAAGAGGAGCUUGAAGCAGCUAAAAGGCAACUAAAUAAAGCUACAAAUGAGCUUCACCUUGCACUGGGGGUCAUUGAACAUGAAAGGGAACAACGUAUACAAAUGCAGCAAUCGAUGGAAAGUCUUCUGAAGUCGCAGAAAUUGCAGAUAAUCAAACUGCGAGAGGAACUUGACAACGAGAAGCUGAUGUCAAAACAAAAGGAAAAUGAAUACGAAGAGCUUAUUUUGAUCAAACGGAAAAUGAAGCAAUUGGAGCAAGAGUUGAUGGUUGAAAAACGCUUGAAGCUCGAAGUCAAGCAGAGCAAAGAAGAAUGUCAGGCUGAGAUUGACGAACUGCUGUUAGAAAAUGAAGAAAUUAAAAAGAAGUUGAGAAAAUAUCAUCAUGAUCUUGAACGACUUCAUGACGAAAACAGGUCUCUUGUCUCCGACUAUAACUCCAUGAUGGACAGAGGUGAAGUCAUAGAGGCAGAACAACAGCUUCAUUUGAUGCAAGAACUCAUGGAGGAAAAAUUUGAAAGGGUGAGAGCUGAUUUUGUUAAUGAAAUUGAAAGAUAUCAAUUCGAAGCUAAAGAAUUCAAGCAAAAGUUUGAGCAAACUGCUGCAGAAUUAGAAAAAGCUCAAUCUGAAUUGGAAGCAGUUGUUCUGUACAGACAGGAUGAUAUUGACAGACUUUUGAAAGAAAAACAGGCCCUGAAAGUCGACCUUAAGAGCAAAAAGGCAAAACUGCAGUGCUUAGAAGCUUUGAAUGGCGAGGUAAAAAGCCAUCUGAAAGAAAAGGAAAGUCAACUAAGCCAAUUUCAAAACUUCACCAGCUACGAAGACGGCAAUGGGCAGCUAGAUGCCUCUGAGACACUAAUUUUAGAGAAAUGCAGGGAGAUCGAGCAACUGCAUAUAAAAGUAGAGGAACUACAAGACAUAAAUCCUGACAAAGAAACAUUAAAGCUUAAAGAAGAGUUGAAUCAAUUGAAGAAAGAUCAACUUGUCAAAAAAGGGAAGAUUGAAGACCUUAAUAAGAAAAAUGAAGAGUUGAGACAACUUUUGAAGGACUUUCAAAGAAAACUGCUCCAUGAAGAAUUGAGUCACGAGGAGUAUGUGAAAUCAACAAAAGAGCAAGAAAGAAAAUUAGAAACAAGUCUUGCCGAAGUUGAGCAGGAGAACAUUUCCUUGAAAAGAAAAUUAACAGAUGCAGAGGUUCAAGCACAGGCCUACUCAAAACAGCUCUUAGAUAUGGAAGAAAAACAUAGAGAACUCACAGAGAAAGUUGACAACAGCAUCGAGCGGGAGAAGAUUCAAUCAGACAUGGAUCAACUCGAUAAUCAAAGCUCUAAAAUCGAAGGUUUGUUGAAGGAGAAAGAAAAUCUUGAAACAUCAUUUAAGGAAGAGCAAGAAGAUCUCAAUGACAAAUUAGACAAAGUUCUUGAUGCCAAUGUUGAUCUGGAAAAAAGCUGCAUCGACCUAGAAAGUAUUUUGGAACAGAAAAAUGCAACAAUCAAAACAUUAGAGAAAUCUUUGAAAGAAAUACAGGAAAAUACCAAGGUAACAACAGCACCUUUGACUGAAGAGAACAAAAUGCUUAAGGAUGACCUUGCAAAAUCACUUGAUGUAGUUGCUGCACUUAAGGCUCAGAUAAUCAAGUUGGAGAAAGAUCUCGAAGCAAAGAAACAAGAAGCAACAGAGCGUUCGAAAGAUAUCAAAGAAAAGAUUCAGACCUUUGAAAAAGAGAAGGUGUCUGCCAAAGGCCAAGUAUCAGAUCUAAUGAAGAAGAUCAAACAAAUACAGGCAGAUAUUCACACCAAGGAACAAAAUCAUCAAAUAGAAAGUCAAAAAUUAAAUGAGCAGCUUCAACAAGCAAGGUCACAAGAAAAGAAGCUUGUGGAGGACAACUUAAAUCUUAAGGAAAAGCUUGAUAUGGAAACUGAGAUUGUUAAGGAUCUGGAUAAAACAAUCCAAAAGCUACAAGAAAAAAACAGAGAGCAAGAUGCUGCCAAAUCUUCGAUAGCCAAAAUAAAUGGUCGCGUUACUGAGUUAGAAAGCAGCUGCUCAAAUUUGAAAGCAGAGUUGAAAUCAAAAAAAGAAGAAAUUAGACAGUCUUAUGCAAAGCAAGCUGACCUGUUUAAGAAGAUCAAAGACCGAGAAAAUAUGUGUGACAUGCUUGAGAAAAAGCUUUCUGCAACAGAAGAGCAAGCAAAACAAGAAAAAAUGCAUUGGCAAAACAACUCUAAGAAAGAUUUGGAGCAAGCUAAAUCAACAAUUGAUGAGCUGACAAAAAGCAAAGAAGAACUGCUUACUGAAAACAUGAAACUGAAAGAACAAGUCGCUAGUUGCGAGCAAAAACAGAAGCAUCGCACAACUGUUGCUGGAAAGGAAAAAGAGCUAUCUGAAAAACUUCGAGAGCUGUCUAUGAAACUUGAAGAGAUGAAGGAAAGAGAAAAGCUAAUCCAGAAGCAUAAUUAUGAGAUUAAGAAGACACUUGAUGCAAAAGAUCUUCAGCAAGAGAAACUGGAAGAAGAAGUUAAAGUCCUCAACUUAAAGCUGGAAGCUAAGAAAGGUGAGGACAAUGAGGCCAUAUCUAGCAUGGAUGCUUUGAAGAAAGAAGCUGAGGACUGGCAAAGAAAAUUUGAUGAUCUUACCUCUACCUUGUCCGAUACUGAAGCUAACAUAGAGAUGAUUGCUAAAAGGUCAGCAGCAAAAGAGAAAGAUUUGGAGGCACAGAAGCAACACAUAAAGGAAGAACUUGAAACUGCCAAAUUUAAGCUGAAAGAAAAAGAGGCAGAACUGCUUUUGAUGCAGAAAAGAAGUGAAAACAACGAAUUGUUGUCUAAAAUGGUUGAUGAAAGGGCAGAAGAAUUAAAAGCAAAAAAUCAAAGUAUCCAGCAGCUUGACAAGGAGAACAAAAAAUUAGUUGAUGAGACGAAAAAGUUGGAACGAGUAGUUACUGAAUUAAAGAGGAAGACAAAAGAGCUUGAAACAGACAACAAUGAGAUGAAACAAGAAAAGGGAGUCUUUGAGAAGCAACUGGAGAAGCAGAAGACAACAUCUCGGAUUCUCAAGAACACAGAGAACGAUUUAGAGAAAGCAUAUGAUAAGAUUCACGAGCUGAAAUCCGAGAAAAAAGAAUUGCUUUUAAAGUGCGAGCAGCUUCAAACAACACUCAGUCAAAUGGAGAAUCACCAGACAGUUGAAACUGAAAACACUAAAGAGAAUUUGGCCAAAAAAGAGAGCUCUUCCAGUAGUUACGAAUCUGACUUUGAAGAAGAUAGCCAGUCUUCGGAAGAAAGCAACAAUGAUGAAAGAACAAAAUCAGUAAAAUAUUGCGCAUCUGAUAAAGAAAAGUCAGCAGAAAAAUCGAGUGAAAAGGAAGAUGUGACUUUUGGCGACGAUGACGCUUUUUUGGACAUGUCCGAAGAAAUUAUGGAGUUUCAGGGCGAAUAUAAUGUCACUGAAGACAUUACAGUAGAAGAAGAUUAUCUUGCCAAUCAUCUUGAUGAAUAUGAUUAUGUUGAGGCUAUAGAGCCACUGGAGGAAGAUGAAAAGCAAGAGAAGAAACUUGGAGACACCCCCGUCAAGGACUGUACUGCUGAAAAGAACACCAAUGAAGUUAAUCCUCACGAAAAUCAUGCUGCAAAAAGAGGACACGGAAGAAAAGAAGAGCAAAAAGAAGAAGUUAGUUCAAACAAGUAUGGCAUUGAUGAAGAGGAAGAUGACUUGCUUAGCUCGUUCGUGGCAAAACAAAAGACAAAAAAGACAAAAUCAUCUGCAAAGAUCACAAAAAUCCCAUCUAAACAAAAGCAGAUGGCUAAAGAUUUGGGUUUUGACGACGAUGUUGAAAUCGACGAUCUGAUAUCAGAUAUCGAAAUGAGUGACGAGAGCCAAAGCAAAGGUGACAAAAAAACCAAAAAGGCCAUUGGGAGUUCCAGUUCAUUAGACGCAUCAAGCCCCUCAGAUUCAGGCAGCGACUCAGACACUGGCAUCAAACCACAACAAAGUGGACUUUUGUUUAGUCCAUCUUAUACGUCACCAAAACCACUAGGAAGAAACAUGAUGUUGCCUGCACUUCGGGCGAAACCAAGAUCGUUGCCCUCUUUACACAAUUUGAAGAAACCAAAAUUUUAA